UGAGUCUAAUUAGAGACCACAGGUAACAGUGUUCAGAUAUUUUUUUUUUCUAAAAUUUUCUGAGAAAGAAUGGAAGAUGGAAAUGAAAACCGUAGAUUGGCUCUGUACAAAGCUGCAGUACAUGGCCAUUGGAAUAUUGCCAAGACAUUUUUUGAUGAAGAUCCUAAUGCACUCACUCUAAAAAUUUCUGGUUUUGAAGAAAUUGCACUCUAUGUCGCGAUUACUUCGGGUCACUCCAUUGAAUUUGUCCGAAACAUUGUUGAGUUAAUGUCGGAAGAGUUAGUUGGAACAGUGAAUAGAGAUGGUAAUAAUCCUCUUCAUGCCGCGGCUAUGGUCGGAAAUUUAGAAGCUGCAAAGAUUUUGGUGAAGAAAAAUGCAACUUUAACACAAGGAAGAAAUGUUCUUAAUGCUACACCACUUCAUUAUGCUGCUACAUAUGCUCAUGAGCAAACAGUUCGCUUCCUUCUUACGGUGACUCGCCAUGAGAAUCCGAGUCCUUUUUUCGACACAGAUGGUGUUCGACUUCUCAAUUCACUCAUCACCGCGGAUUUUUAUGGCAUUGCUCUUGAUUUAUUGAAACGCUAUCCGGAUUUAGGGCGUGGAAGAGAUCAGUAUGGAUACACUGCUUUGGACAUGUUAGCUAGAAAGCCCCGCGCAUUUCCAAGUGGAAGCCGGAUUGGAUUUUUCGAGUUCUUAUUUGACCAUUAUUGGUGUAGAAAUGUAUCAAUAAAGACAGAUUUUGCAGAUGAUUAUGUGGAUACUAAAACUAUCCCCAAAUAUGGAGAUUUGGAAAAUCAAGUUGAGAGUUCAGAAGAUUACUACCAAAAGAAAUUCAAGCAAUUUCCUUUUCUGCAACAUAUAGAGAAAAAGAUGUUGAUGCAUAAGCAAGCAAUGGAGCUUCUCAAACUAUUGAUUUCUGAAGCUUUAAAGGCUAAUGAAUCAGAAUUAUACGGUCUCUUAGGACCUUCCACACAAAAUGCUGCUAUAUUGGGUAUUCAGGAAUUUGUUGCUGAAGCCAUUAAAUCGUAUCCGUAUUUGGUUUGGUUUCGCGACAGAGAUGGUUGUACUGUUUUUCUUCUCGCGAUAAAACAUCGGCAAGAAAAGGUUUUCAAUCUUCUAUAUCAAAUAGGUAAUCAUAAGCAUAUCAUCACAUCGUUGAGCGAUACAGAGGGCAACAAUAUGCUGCAUUUAGCAGCUAAGUCCAAUCCAUCAAACAGAAUUUCUGGUGCAGCUCUACAAAUGCAACGCGAGUUGCAAUGGUUUAAGGAAGUGGAAAAAGUUGUCCAGCCAUCCUACAAGGAAAUGGAAGACAGGAGCGGAAGAACUCCGCGAGAGCUGUUCACCAAGGAUCACGAGAGUUUAGUUUCGCAAGGCGAGAAAUGGAUGAAGGACACUGCUAUGUCUUGUGCCACAGUUGCUGCACUAGUGAUCACAGUCGUAUUCGCAGCAGCUUUCACUGUACCGGGAGGCAACAACAGCGACCAAGGGAUCCCAAUUUACUUGAACCAAACAGCUUUCAUGAUUUUUGCAAUAUCAGACGCCUUUGGACUCUUUUCUUCAUCUACCUCGCUGUUAAUGUUUCUAGGCAUACUCACAUCACGUUAUUCCGAAGAAGAUUUCCGCAGGGCCUUGCCGAUGAGGUUGAGUAUUGGUCUCAUAACCUUAUUCUUUUCAAUAGCCUCCAUGCUGAUAGCCUUCAGUGCAGCUUUUCACUUGGUUUUAUUUCAUAAAGUGAAAUGGAUAGCAGUUCCCAUUGGCCUACUGGCUUGUGCUCCAGUUACCUUAUUUGCACUUCUGCAGUUUCCUCUUCUGCUUGAAAUGGUCUGCUCAACAUUCGGACAUAAAGUUUUCCGCAAACAAAGUGACGAGAUUAUAUUUUAGCCAAUAAAGAUUCAUUUCGCUGCUCCAAGUUCGGGUCGAAGUUUAAAAGAGUUCGAGUUCGUAGUUUUGGACAACCACCACCAUAAUUUGCCUAUUUUAUAUCAGUUUACACCUUUAACCAUCAAAACUGACGUUAAAUUGAUGUCAGUUUGGGUGUAAACUGACACAAAAUUGACAAGCUGUGAGUUUUUUUUCGCUAAAACCACGAAUUUGGACUAUUUAGGUAUUUUUGACCAAAGUUGAAGAGGCGAAAUGAAGCUGUAUUGAUAUUUUAGCUUAGUAAUGUGAUGUUCUAGCUAUCUUAAGAUAGAGCUAUUAUAUUAUGUGUGAUGUGUGUACAUAUAUGUAGCCUAAGAAGAAUAUGGUGUUUAUAUGAAAAAUUUACGUGCUUCCGAAGAACAUAAUUGCUCAUUUAUACUAAAGAACCUAAAUUUGCAUUACAGUA